AUGAUCAUGGCCCACGCCGCAACUCUCAAGAAGCUCGCGGCGAGCCUUGUCACCGCGACCACCGGCCGCAAUCCUGAAGAGCCCUUGUUUGGGAAGCUUGUAGACAAGACCUUGAAAGACCUCAAAAAUCAGAGCCAUGCCAGGACCAAUCAAUUUGCCGUCCAGGCCAAGCUUGAAGGCUUGGUGGAGAAGUUCACCGUUCUGAAUCGAGACGAUCUUGCAAUUGCGCUAGAGACGGACUUGGAAGACCUACCGCAAGACUCACGAUGGAUGCCGGAGAUCCUGUCCCUGCUUCUAGAACUCUCAGACCACCCUGUUGAGAGGACGCCAGCAGAAGAUCUUGACAGUGAAUUUGCUACUGCAGAAGAGCCACUGACAUGGGAGGACAUCGUUGACGAUGAGCCUUUUGACGACCCUGACAUGUGGGAAGAUGUCGAGCGUGGCUAUCAUUCAAGUGGAGACGAUGAGUUCAACCAUGAUCUUGAAUCUGAGCCUACAACCUCCACGAAGGCCACCAGUCUGGACGAGGAGGAUCCAGCCGCGAUCGCGAGACUGUAUCUUUCACGCCCGGACGAGGCUAGCAUUGAGCACAUCAAGUUGGCUCGCGAACGUGGGAAGUCAAUCAAGCAGCAAGAUACUAUGCACCACUUGUCCGAGCUGAAAAUUGCCCGCGAGAUCUUGUCAAUGAUGCACGGCCUGCCAACGGACUUGUUCGAGAUAGACGACGCCGGUCAAGUGACAGUGGCUAGCGAAGUGCGGAUCGGGAAUGCGAGUGGCGAUAGCCUGCGAGACUUACUGGAAACCGCAGCUGCCACGGGUUCUGCUCUCAACUCUCUGCGGCAGUGGGUCCCAGAGGCCUCCCAUUCGUACUUGCAGGCCAUUCAUGGAGCUAUUGAAUCGCAAAUAUCAUACCUGGACACACAGCUGGGCAUGAUGGAGCGGAGAUAUAUCACGCCUACGGAGCAUGUUGCUGUCAGUGCUCUCAACGUGGAAACCGAGAUCCAAGCCAUAGCAAGGCCAUUGGUACACUUAUCAGGCAUCGUGCAGCAUACCUCUUGCCAAGACGACCUGGAAGCUCCAUUUGCAUUGCUUGAUGAGCUCUACAGCGAGACGGACCUCGCUCAUCUGGCGGGCGACAUGAUUCUGUUCAAUGCUCUUGCGACUGUGUUUCUGGCCGGUCUCAGAAGCUACUUGCGGCCGGUCGCAAGGUGGGUGACUAAGGGAGUCAUUGUCCCCCAGGACCGUGACGUUCUCUUCUCGAAAGACCUUAAUCAACACUGCGAAGCUGGAGAUCUCUGGCGACUGCGAUUCGGGAUACGAUUGCUACCUGAUGGCACUGCUUUUGCGCCGUUCUGCAUCUCGACAAGAACGACAUCAUUAUUCGCUCUCGGCAAGAGUCGGGCGUUCUUGAAUCAGCUUGAUGGCAAUGAAGCUUGCGAGGAUGUCCAGACGAUGGUCCAGCUUCCUGAAUUUGACCAUUGCCUGAAGCAAAUUGCGGAUGAAUCGCUUGCGCCAUUUUCACUGCUGCUGGACGAAACCCUUGAUUCCUGGAUACACGAUAUCAGCGUCGAUUGUAGCGCAUCGUUGCGGUCGAAGCUGUUCGACGAUCAUCAUCUAAAGAAGACGCUGGACGCGCUUCCUCUUCUCUUCUUCUCGCACAACGGCACCUUGUUCCAGGACUUUGCAGAUACAAUCAUUUCGCGAGUCAGGACAGGCCGACAAUCCGAUACGCACGAUCUCUUCUUGAGGGCAGAGCUUGCUCAGACGACAUUCGGAUCUUCGCCCGACGUUGAUGCAGAGAAUGUCUGCCUCGCAUCUAUUGGAGAGGAAGACGUACCAUCCGCAAGCUCCACAACUCGAAGAAUCGGUCAGUUGACCAUGACUUACCGGCUCUCGUGGCCAGUGCAAAACGUGGUGCAAUCUGCGACCAUCGACGCUCACUCUAAGGUCUUCACGUUCCUGCUGCAGCUUCACGCUGCGACAGGCCUACUCGAAGAUAACUUUCUUGGAUUUCGAUCUCGCAACCCUGUUUCUCCAGCGUUGCUCAAGCUUCGCCAGAGGCUGUUGUGGUUCUCGAAAUCCAUAUUCGACUACACUACCAAGACAGCUCACAUCAUACACAAAGACAUGAUGCAGGGCAUUGGACGUGCCGCAGACAUUGACGAGAUGGUGGCAAUACUUGCCCGCUACGAGAAGCGGCUUCAAUCGAAUCUGCUGCUGGCCGCAAAUCUCGAGCCCGUCCGUGACACCAUCAUUGGCAUCUUAGAGCUCAGCGAACUCCUUUCAAAGACCGAUAAAGAGGACCGUAUUUCAUCGUUACAGCAGCAAUAUGAGAAAAGCAUGCGUUUCCUCGUCGCUGGUAUCCGAGGCGUCGGUCGUGCAGGAGGCGACUCUUUCCUUCAAGGGCUGUCUGAGAGGUUGGGAUGGGGUGUUUGA